GUCGUCCCGACGCGCUUUAGCAAGCCGACGCUAGUCCCGCUAGUCGACGGCGCACGUGUAAAGUUGCAACAAUUAUGUGAAACUCGCAAAAUAAACAAUCCGUAGAAAUGUCGAACGAUAAAGAAUCAAGCAACCCGAUGGAGAGCCCCAAAGUGCAAACGCCCCCCAAAGAGGGGAAAAAAGUGGGCUUCGCGAGGCCCACUCUCAUCAUCCCUCCGCCCCAAGUGCUGGUAAACAACCCGCAAACAAGAAGUGCGAACUUGAGCACUCGGUCCGUACCCAAAGGGAACAUGUACGGCCGAAAGGCCUCUGUGUUUAUGUUCGAUCAAUUUAAUAGUGUUAUGAACACUGCAAAAUCGGGCAUGGGACUCGGUGAAAAGUGCGCCUAUUGGGUUUAUAACAAAUUUUAUACGUGGAGCAGAAAAUGGUUCACCCAUUGUUUUUUGUCUAUUGUGAUUUUAUUGUACACUGUUGGUGGUGCCCUUAUGUUUGUUGCUAUUGAAGGUGCUAAUGAAGAAAAAAUAGUGGAAGGUGAUAUACGCAGAGAACGUUAUAGUUUAAUAAAAGAACUGCGAAAUUUGUCGAUACAGAUGCCCAGUUUGACCUCGGAAGACGAGUGGGAGGGCGAGGCUGCGCGCAGACUGAUGGACUUCGAGUCCAAAGUGACAGACGCUUAUUCAAAACAUGCCCUCAUCGUUGCUAAUCGGGGCGACAAAAUAUGGACUGUGUGGAAUGCCAUGGUCUAUUGCAGUACCAUAUACACAACCAUGGAGUCCGAAUCAGACGAAACUGAGCCUACACUAAAUGAUUUUGGAGGAGCUUUUAGCAUAUUUAAAACUUCAGAAUCAAGUUUUAUUUUGUUUUUUGACAUGUUAUCUUUUAGCGAUAAGUGUGAUAUAAUGGGAUCUGAGGAUAACACAAAAUAA